AUGUCAUGGCUGAAAAAGCACAAUCCCCAGAUUUCAUGGGAAAAGCACACCCUUGUUUUUAACUCAUUAUACUGUUCCAAUAAUUGUUUAUUGGUACCUGCUGUCUUGGAACUUAAGGCAACAGAAGAAAUCCCUAUUCCCUAUCAGGAAUUUUCCAAGGUCUUUUCUGAGGAAGAAUCAUCCAAAUUGCCGCCUCAUCGCCCUUAUGAUAUUGCUAUUGAAUUGCUUCCUGACGCAAAACCCCGGCAUGGCCCCAUAUAUAGUCUAGGCCCAAGGGAAGAUGCAGAACUUAAGGAAACCAUUGAGAAACAACUCAAGGCUGGCCUGAUUUGCCCAUCUAAAUCCCCAAUGGCUUCUCCAAUUCUAUUUGUCAAAAAAAAGAAUGGAAAACUACACAUGUGUGUGGACUAUCAACGCCUGAACAGCAUGACCAAAAAGAAUGUAUAUCCCUUACCUUUGCCACAGAACCUUAUUGAGAAGCUACAAGGUGCCAAGAUCUUUAGUAAAUUUGAUCUCAAGGCAGGAUAUAAUUUAGUCCGGAUCAAAGAAGGUGACAAAUGGAAAACAGCUUUCAAAACAAAAUACGGACUAUUUGAGUACUUGGUUAUGCCCUUUGGGUUAACAAAUGCGCCGGCGGCUUUUCAAGAUAUGAUGAAUGAGAUAUUCAGGGACCUUCUGGAUGUUUAUGUCAUUAUAUACCUGGAUGAUAUCCUAGUCUUCUCCAUGAACAAAAAAGAUCAUGAAGCUCAUGUGCGAGAAGUAUUAAAAAGGCUACAGGAUAACAAUCUCUUCUGCAAUAUCAAAAAAUGCCAUUUCCAUGUCAAAAAAAUUGAUUAUCUAGGGUUUAUCAUAUCAGAAUUUGGCAUAGAGGUUGAUCAAACUAAAGUCACUGAUGCAAUGAACUGGUCGACUCCAAAGAAUGUCAAAAAUAUCCAAGAAUUCCUGGGAUUUGUAAAUUUCUAUAGACAAUUCAUUCCUAAUUUUGGCAACCUGGCACGACCUCUAUAUAAUUUGCUCAAAAAGGAUAAUACCUGGAAAUGGGGACUGCCAGAACAAGGAUCUUUUGAUAACCUGAAAAAAUGUCUCACUUCAGCACCUUUGCUUCUACAACUGGAUACCACAAGGCAAUUCUAUGUGGAAUGCAACGCAUCAGACUAUGCAACAGGAGCCAUAUUAUCCCAACGCAAUUCUGAGGGAAAAUUGGCCCCUGUGGCAUACCUGUCAAAAUCCUUGUCCCCAGCCAAGAAGAACUACGAUAUUUUUGACAAGGAAUUAUUAGCAGUCAUUAGGGCAUUUAAGGAAUGGCGCCAUUUGCUAGAAGGAUCCAAAUUACCAGUCCAAGUUCUAACAGAUCAUAAGAACUUAGAAUAUUUUUCCACGUCCCAAUCCCUGAAUAAACGCCAGAUUAGAUGGGCCAACUUCCUAGUUGAUUAUAACUUCCAAAUCAUUUAUAGGCCUGGAGCACAGAACAAAAAGGCAGACAUCCUCUCACAACGCUAUGAUUUGGUACCCCUUGAAGGGGGGGUAGAGAACCAGGUUUUCCUGAAACCGGAACUUUUUGUUUCAGCUAUUACCCCAGAUCAGGGAAUCAAUGACCUAAUUGGCGAGGCAAUUUAUGAGGAUGCCCGUCUGAAAGAAAUCCUACACAAACUUCAGGACAAGGAAAAGGUCACAAAUUGGGAACUAAAAGAAGGGUUACUAUGGCACCAAGGGAAAAUCUUUGUACCUAAGGAUAAUACUAUUAGAAACCUUAUCUUGGAAUCUAGGCACAACACAUUAGCUGCGGGACAUCCGGGACAAGCCAGAACUUUGGAACUUGUCUUGAGGAAUUAUUAUUGGCCAUCCAUGAAAAAGUUUGUCAACUCCUAUGUCAGCCACUGCCUGUUAAAACCAUUGCAAAUUCCUGAACGCCCCUGGGAAGACAUUGCUUAUGAUAUGAUUGUGGGACUACCGGUUUCAGAAGGUUUUGAUGCUAUCCUGACAGUGAUUGAUCAAUUCUCAAAAAUGGUCCACUUCAUUCCCACCCAAUCCACGUUGUCAGCCAUUGACAUUGCCAACCUAUUUAUCACAUACAUAUGGAAGCUACACGGCCUCCCCAAAAGCACAGUCUCAGAUAGAGGUCCCACAUUUAAUGCCAAAUUCAUUUGUCAUCUCUAUAAAAGGCUGGACAUUAAGCCAACAUAUUCCACGGCGUAUCAUCCUCAGACAGAUGGACAGACUGAGCGCAUACAAAGAGAAGCCAAGAUCUUUAUACGUAUGUUUGGGAAUCAUCGCCAAUCAGAUUGGGUAGCAUUACUACCAUUGGCUGAAUUUGCUUUAAACAAUUUGAAGCAAACUUCCACAGGCAAAUCCCCCUUCCAAAUUUGUUAUGGCUAUAAUCCAAGAUUUUUGGUUGGUCAAAAAUCAGAAGAGGUAGCUCCAAACGCAGACAAACAUGCAGAAUUUUUGGAAAAAGGAUACAAUGAAGUCAAAGCAGCUCUAUCCUUAUCCCAAGAAAGAAUGAAGUACUUUUAUGAUCAAAGACAUAAGGACAAAGAUGAAAUUCAAGUAGGAGACAAGGCCUGGCUGAGUCAUCAAAAUAUAUCCACAGAUAGACCCUCAAUGAAACUCAGCCAUAUAAAAUUAGGACCCUACUUAGUAAUUGAAAGAAUAGGAUCACACACAUAUAAACUUCAAUUACCCCACACUAUGCGCAUACAUCCUGUGUUCCAUAUCAAUCUUCUUACUAAAUUUCAUCCUGACCCUCAUGGACGCGACCCUCCCCAACCUGCACCCAUUGUCACAGAAGAAGGAGAGGAGGAAUAUGAGGUUGAACAAAUCCUGGAUAGUAAAUGGAAAGGACGCGGUAAAACAAGGAAACUCUGGUAUCUGAUUAAGUGGAAAGGAUAUGACAAAGGAAGCAAUUCCUGGGAACCAAUUGAUAAUGUGGCCAAUGCCAAGGAAGCAAAAGAAGAGUUCCAUAAGGAGUACCCUGAUGCAGUUGGAGCUUGA